AUGACUGUUCCCUUGAACAGCAGCUAUUACUCUCCACCCGACAUUGUCAUCAACGGCAAGCAGCAGCCCCAGCCGCAAGUCUUUGAACAACAUACCGACCAGCCUGGUCCGUCGUCCUCUACGCCUGCGCCUGCGCAUCCCCAGCUUGGCUAUAACGAACCGCCCACAAACACCUCCCCCAUCCCCACCCCCACCACCACCAGCACCAGCACCACCCAGCCGCAGCCCCAGGCUCACAGCAUCACCAUUCAAGCUCGUGACGGCCAGCUGCCCCAAAUCUACGUCAUGUCCAAGCCAGAGCCCGCGCCAGUUGCUGCGCCGCCUGCGGUCGCUGCGCCCCUUCCCCUUCCCCCGCCUCCUCCCCCGCCGCCAGCUGCGCACCGUCGCCCACACCCGCUCCUCUGGGUGACGCUCGCCAUCAGUGUGCUCGCGCUCGUCCUGGGCGUGCCCAAGGGCAGCAUUCCGACGUUUACAGGUCGGCACCGUGCUCUCCGGGCGCAAGAACUCCUCGUGCAAGAACGCCUGACGCUCCUCUCGCAGCUGUCGUCCUUCCUCCCGCCGCCCCUUGCCGCCCUCCUCUCCCCAACCAACGCCAACGGCGCGCGGUCGAUCGACGUCGACCUCGAGCUCAUCCGCCUCGGCACGGGCCUGCAGCUGUGGAACGCCGGCGACGCCCACGGCCGCUGGUGGACGCUCGAGGAGCUGGGCGACGGUGCUGCCGUCGUGCGCUCGGCCGGCCACGUCGGCAGCGGAAGCAGCGAUGGCGCCGGCACCGUGGGCGACAAGGAAGUGUGGGUCCUGCGCGAGGGCGACGACAAGAACCCGCUCCUCUCCGCGCUCACCGCAAGCCUGAUGGCGCGCGAGCGCGUGGCCGGCGACCUGGACCGGUGCCGCGCCAGCAUCGUGCCGUGCGUGUGCCCCGCGGCGCCGCUCACCGUCGCUGCCUCGACCGUCACUGGCAAGGCCGGCGACGCCGACGACGACGUCAAGAGCGACUGGAAGGCGUGGGAGAAGGAGAGGCAGCGCCGCGAGGAGGCAGCCGAGGACCGCCGGCGGAUCCUCCGCGAGCGCGAGGCCGAGGUCGAGGAGCGCGAAAGGGACGUGGCGCGCCGUGAGGCGUGGGUCGUGGACGCUAUGCGCAAGCUCAGUGACAGGACUCGUGCCCAAGUCGGCGAGAUGACCCUCGAGGACCUCAUCACCGAGCGUCUCAAGGCGUACCAGCGCGAACUGGCCCAGCGCGAGGCCGUCUGA